AUGGACAGCAUAUCAUCGGAUGAGGAAUUGGAAACCAGAAUCGUCUCUGAAGCACGUUCGUCGUCGAAACAGAAAAAGACAGACAUUGAGCUCAAACAUCAAAAGCUUCUACAAGACCAGCAGGUGAAGUAUGUGACUGACAUUUUCUCCAAGAAGUCGAAUACACCAGUCCAGAUAUCAAGCAUAAUCGUUAACAACAGUCAAGGAAUAAGACCUGCUGUUCUUCAAUCUUAUCUGGAUGCCACAAUUGGCCAAGCUGUUAAUGUGAAACAGCUCUGCGAACAAUCUGAUUCACUUUACUACAAGAUGGUGUCCAAUGGUCUGGUGGAAAGUUUAACACAAACGCUAGACAGCAGGGGCACCUUUCACAUUCCUAUUUCAAACCUCCCCUCAACAAUGAUUCCGUUUGGGACUUAUGGUAAAACAUUAUCGAUUGUAGAUAUUGUAUCAACAAUCGACUUGCAUCCUAUCAAAAAGUUUUCAGCCAAGACGGGUACAAACAUUGGCAAUGGUGAAGGUGACGGGUAUCUCCAGUUUCAGUGGAGAAAUGCCUUCGGUGGCGGAGAAAAAUUUACAUUUGAUGCAACAAAGGGUACCAAAACGCAUUCAUCAUAUCUGCUCGAAUAUACACAGCCCCUGACACCUUGGUGGAUAUGGGGGUCUGCUCUAUACAAAAAUUCAAGGCAGAUGGGACAAGCUGAGCUACUUUUAAGAGGCAUUAAGAUCUCAUUGAAAAGUGCAUUUUACAAGAAUAAAGAUUUCAACCAUGAGAUUUAUUUUGAAAAUUUGUGGAGAUCAACGAAAGCCAUGUCAACACACUCUUCGGAUUACUUGUUAUUUCAAUGCGGAGACGAUUUGAAAAGCUCUUUAUGCCAUACCCUAGCUUGGGAUACGCGUGAUAAUGCCAUUUUUCCUUGUGAAGGCAACUAUCUCAGACUAUCCAAUGAAUUAGCACUAGGAAGAUAUUGGAAAACUGCAUUAGAGGUUUCUAAAGCGAAAAGCUGGUUUAAUAACAACUUUUUGACCAUGUCAACUACUACAAAGUGUGGCUACAUCCAGAAUUUCCACUCGCAUACGAUUCCUUUACACUUUAGUGAUAAGUUCCACUGUGGCGGAAGUAAUGAUGUCCGCAGUUUUCAGCUUAUGGGCUUAGGUCCAAAGGAUCUGUUUGACUCCAUGGGAGGAGAUGCAUUUGUUUCGUAUGGUGUUAGUGCUUUUAGCCGAUUGCCUAUCAAACGCUGGGAAGACUCACACUUUAGAUUGCACGCCUUUUUCAAUGGCGGAAGACUAAUCAACCAUAACAAUGUAUCUUUAAAAAACUGCAUAUCCACACUUGCUACACAACACUCAACUUCCACGGGAAUUGGUAUAAUAUUUGCACAUCCUGUGGCCCGAUUCGAACUAAAUUUUACAGUACCCCUUACGGCGCACUCAAGAGAUUCCGUUAGAAAAGGAUUUCAAUAUGGCAUUGGACUGUCAUUCUUGUGA